UUUGAAAUUGCAAGUGAAUAUCGUUCUUUUAAGUUGAGAAACUGAGAGAGAAGGAAGCUAUGGGUGUUUUGCUAAGAGAAGCGUUGAGUUCUAUUUGCGUUAAUAAUCAAUGGUCUUAUGCUGUUUUCUGGAAAAUCGGCUGCCAAAACUCAAGCUUGUUGAUUUGGGAGGAAUGCUACAACGAAACCGCGUCGAAUGAGAAUGUUCAGUUGCUUACAAACAGAAUGAUGUUGAACAAUCGAAUCAUUCUUGUAGGAGAAGGGUUAGUGGGCCGAGCUGCAUUCACUGGACAUCAUCAAUGGCUUCUAGCCAACAGUUUCAACCGCGAUGUCCAUCCACCUGAGGUUAUUAAUGAGAUGCUUCUCCAAUUCUCCGCUGGUAUUCAGACCGUUGCAGUCUUUCCAGUUGUUCCUCAUGGUGUUGUUCAACUCGGUUCUUCUCUUCCUAUCAUGGAGAAUUUGGGGUUUGUGAAUGACGUGAAGGGUCUCAUCCUGCAGCUCGGAUGUGUCCCCGGAGCUCUCUUAUCUGAAAACUACACAACAUACGAACCUGCUGCUGAUUUUAUUGGAGUUCCCGUCUCCGGGUUAAUGCCAUCUCAAGGACACAAGAUCCUCCAGUCUUCAGUUUUCGUAGCUGAGACUAGCAAACCACAUUUCAACUCUACUGGCUCAUCAGAUCAUCGAAACGAUGAACCUUUUAGUUAUGUGGAUGAACAAAACAUAACGGGUUAUCUAGCAGCAGAGGAAGCAGCAGUAGUACCUGUGCCACCACCUUCAAAUCCCGACGCGUGGCUGAAUCAAAACUUCUCUUGUAUGUAUAAUGUGGAUGCAUCAGAGCAACAAGACUCUGGCUCUAAACGAAGCGACGACUUGUUUGAUAUGUUGGGUUUGGAUGAUAAUAAGAAGAACAAAGGUGGUUGUGAAAACAACAGUUGGGGCGUUUCAGAGAUGAGAAGGGAGUUAUCUGACUUUAGGAUCAUUCAAGAUUCUGAGUUUGGUUAUGAGCUUUCGGGAGCAGAUCAUCUGUUAGACGCUGUGGUCUCAGGUGCUUGCUCCUCCACAAAGCAGAUCUCAGAUGAAACUUCUGAGUCCUGCAAAACCUCUUCGGUUACCACUCCAUCUCACAGUAGCCCUCAGGGUUUGUAUGAGAAGAAACAAGGGACGCAUCAUGUGGGGACAUCAUCGGUUUACGGGUCUCAGAUCAGUUCUUGGGUUGAACAAGCUCACAGCUUAAAGCGUGAGGAGAGUCCAAGGAUGAUGAACAAGAAUGAAACUACUAAACCGGCUAUUAACCGUAAAAGGCUUAAACCGGGAGAGAACCCAAGACCGAGGCCUAAAGAUCGGCAGAUGAUCCAAGACCGUGUCAAGGAGUUGCGUGAAAUCAUACCCAACGGUGCAAAAUGUAGCAUAGAUGCGCUCCUUGAACGUACAAUCAAACACAUGCUCUUCUUGCAAAACGUCUCUAAGCAUGCCGAUAAGGUGAAACACACUGGGGAAUCCAAGAUAAUGAAAGAGGAAGGUGCGUUUGAAGGAGGAGGAGGAGCAACAUGGGCUUUUGAAGUAGGGUCAAAGUCUCUAAGGUGUCCUAUUGUAGUAGAGGAUCUAAACCCUCCUCGCAUUUUCCAAGUUGAGAUGUUAUGCGAGCAACGAGGAUUCUUUUUGGAAAUCGCUGAUUGGAUCAGGAGCUUAGGCAUGACGAUCUUGAAGGGUGUUAUUGAAACUCGAAUUAACAAGAUUUGGGCUCGCUUCACUGUGGAGGCGAGUCGAGAUGUGACGAGGAUGGAGAUAUUCAUGCAGCUAGUGAAUAUUUUGGAGCAGACGAUGAAGAGUGGAGGAAUCUCUGAGACUAUGUUGGAUGGUAUCAAAGCUACAAUCCCAUUUACCAACACCUUACCGGUUACUGGUGGCUGUUCAAUGUAACACAAUCAUUGACCGUACCGGUGUUAAAUCGGGUUUGGUUAAGCCGAAUUAAAGUCGGUCUGAAAACAGAGCUGGUUAUUUUGUACAUUUGCUUUUUUUCCCCGAUCUCUUGGGACUUUUGCAAAUUUUAUUUUCUGUAUUGAAUCUCAUCUGUGUGGAAUUUUUUUUUUUAACUUUUAAUCAUCUGGAGUAUGAUUUAAUGAA